AUGCGACACACCCAGGGCCGUGUGACUGGCGAAGACAUCCGUUCAGCUGGUCUGAAACGAUGGGAUGGGAGAGCAAGAGUCACUACAGACUGGACCAACCUGUUUCAUGAUCCUGAGCUUUGUUGGCCUACUGGUGACUGUCUGGUAUAUUUGCGAGAGCCCGGCCAGUCGAGUCGAGGUCCUGCCUUUCGAGUCCACACGGCUUUUCUCAGGAUCAAAGGAUUUGACUCUCUUGUCGACCGCUGUGUGACGAGAAAUUCAAUCCAUACAGCCGCCCAAUGCGUUCUUCCCAACUGUCCAGGCUGUGAUCCUUACAAGGCGCUCCAAGAGCUUUACAUUCCAGCUCCUCAGGGUGCCGGACUUGAAGACAUCUUCGACCAUCACCUGACCACUCGGAACUUUUUUGCCUGGCUGUAUAAUCGUCCACUGGCUGGUCGGGCUUUGGGAAAAUCUUUGAUGGGGCUGAAAGCUAGGAUUGACGUGUAUCGACCGGAUCAUGGCUCUCAGAAUACGCUCGAGGUGGUGUCAUAUGCAGAACAUCAGAGGUACCUCGAUUUCAGAGAAUGUGCGGACCAUGCUCUUGCAGCCAUGUAUCUGGCGGAGAUGCUGCAAAUCGAGGAUCUCUGGGUGGAUGCGUUUGCUCACUGUGUGGGCAUGAGCCAUCGUGGCCUACGCUCAAGCAUCGAAUACGAGGUGGUGAGUAAAAAGUCAAAAGGUCUGAUCAAUCGAGCUCGCCUGGAGAUGGAUCUUCGAUUGGGCCGCGUCCGAAAAUCAGUUGUCGACUUCUUUGAGAGCGAGGUAACAGGUGGUUUCCUUGGUCUCCCACAACCGGCAAGGGAUCAUCUCGCCAAAUUCCGCCUGUUUCUCAAAAAGUUCUAUACCGAGAAACAUGACUGCUGGCCCCCAAAGAGUAUCGAGGAUGAGGCUUUUCAACAAACAGUCUACUCAGCUAUGCUCCUUGACUUCAAGAAUCUCUACCAACACCUGGUAGACCCUGGGUCGUCGACCAGUUUGGAUGGCAGUGACAUUACCAAAUACGGCGGGAUAUGCACCCAUCAGGUAAUCCAAGCCUUUGACGUGCAACAUCAUUACGAGCCCCUGGUCCACCCGCUUCCUCUUGUUCCUAAAGUGACAGAAGCAACCUCCCACCAGCGUCAACGGCUCCAGGGACGAAUGUCCUGGAAUCCUAUCCAAAAGCGAAGGGCGGACAGAGAGGCACGCAAGGCCGAAGACAAGUUGGCCCUGAUCACAGCGUCGAACCGAGAUCUAUUGCUCAUGGACUGUCCCUUGGUCCGGGAGUAUUCAGCUUUUGAAGAGAGCACAGUCGACGACGAGCUCGAAGGUUUGUCGGUGAUCGAAGGCCGCAAGGUGCGCUGGCUCAUGGUCUAUGCGGUCCUGCAGACCUUCUACGCCAUCGCACAACCCCCAAAGCAGGUCCGCAACACCGCUAAUCUGACAUAUCCUCUUUGCUGCCAGGCACCGAAACGAAUGCCAUGGCAACUUACGGAGAUACCAGAUGUUCGCAGUGUUCGCAGGGACUCAAGUCAGCUCAUUCCUGAUACGAGCUACUCUCACACCAAUGCACUUAAGUCCGCCACAGGCGAGGGCCUAAUAAGAGGGAGAUCAGCCAAGGCUCGUCGUCGAACGACUCUUCCAGCCCAUCUACCUGGGUCGUUGACGGUAUCAUUCUACAGCAAGACUCCUCCGGGCUCCCGAUCCUCCUCACUCCGGAGGCUGAUGUCGCGCAGGUCACAGUCCGUUGUCGGUGAAAUGAUGCCUCCAAAGCGGCCUUCCUUCUGCGAAAUAUAUGUCGAGGGCUACGGGAACGGAUUGAAUGAAGUCAACAGCGGGAAAGCUGCUACAGAAGGAGUCGUGGAGCUUACCGCAGAGCCGAAGUCAGUCGAGCAUCUGGUCCGAGAAGAGCAGACCGAGCUUCACGAACUUGUGGGCGACUCUGUUCAUGAACUAGCCUCUGAUGAGAUUGCGGCACCACCUCCCUUGCCGCCUUCUGACGAUUCGGGGACCAGCCCACAGUCAGUGUCUCGGGAGUCCUCCACAUCCUCUACCGGCAGCAAUUGGUCCAAGGCGAGUUCUAAAAGUGACCUCUACCCGAUCACACCUACCAGCGAUGCGGUCUGUACACUCAAGGAGAUUUUACAGACUAAGAACAGCACCGAGGACCUCAGUUCACCGACAAAGCAAAGCAGCGAGCCUUCCCUACGGGCUGCAGCCUCGCAAGCUAUGGUUGUUGAAAGGGAAGAAGACGACCCCAUGCAGAUGCCAGCGGUCCACUUCAAUACGCAAACCUGGGACAUGAUCCUGGGGCAGAUAUCGGAGAGAGCAUCUGGGAGGCGACCAAAGACUGCCCCUGCAGUCGCCGCUGUGGAAGCAACGGCAUGA